AUGCCGCCAGAACGUGCCCAGGUCGUCCUGUUCCGCACCGCAACUCCAGACGACAGCUACACCCAGCUCUUCUCGCAACGCGGGUACGACGCGACCUCCAUCCCGGCCUUGGGUGAGCGGUUGCUCGUGGACAAUCUCAAGCACGUCGUGCGCACGGGUGCCGGCCCGUACGAGGCUGCGAUAGUGACAAGCCGCCGCGCUGCCGACGCGUGGGUUUUGGCGGUACGAGAAGUGUUGGAGGAGGGCGAAGGGGCUGAUGGUGUGGGAGAAGGAGAUAGCUCGUGGGAACCGUGGUCGGACCUGUCCGUCUACUGUCCUGGAACUGCUGUCCCAACGACUUUCGACACUGCAUCUUUACCAGAAAGAUACCGAUUCACAGACGGCCCGACGGCCAUCCACGCGGCGGGUCUCGCGCCGCUCCUCCUCGCUGCUCCUCCACGACCUCAUCACACUGCGCCGUCCAGGUGCGGCACCGCCAACUCCGGUACCACAGCCCAGCAUCGCCCAUACCUGGUCCUUACAGGAGACAAGACCCUCCCGACACUCACCGACGCUCUAGCCGCUGCUGGGCGUGAAGUUGUCCAGGUGAAGAGCUACGAGACGCAGGCCGCUGCGGGGCUCGACCGAGAAGUCGAGGAAGUCGACAAAGCAACAAAAUGGGUUUCGGUGUUCAGUCCCAGCUCUGCGGGGUAUGUCUUGCCUCUACUCGAGGCGAGUGGGUGGGCGUUACGGAAUGACGACGACGAGCUGGAAGAAGCGACCACAACGAGACGAGUCUGUGUCCGCGUUGCGGCCAUUGGCGAGACGACGGCUGGUUUCCUACGACGAGAAGGAUUCAGAGUGGAUGCUGUGGCCAGCACGCCUGAUGCGGAAGGGUUGGUAGCAGCCGUGUGUGCUGCCGAUGAGGAUUAG